CAGCGGGCUGACUGGGCCGGUCGAGGAACACAUGGCCAUGGAAGACCUGGGGGAAAACACCACCGUCCUGUCCUCCCUGAGGUCUUUGAACAACUUCAUUGCUCAGCGAGUGGAUGGAGGAGCUGGACUGGAGGCUUCCACCUCUGCCCCAGGUUCUCUGCAGAUGCAGUACCAGCAGAGCAUGCAGCUGGAAGAGCGAGCAGAGCAGAUCCGGUCCAAGUCGCACAUCAUCCAGGUGGAGCGGGAGAAGAUGCAGAUGCAGCUGAGCCACAAGAGGGCUCGCGUGGAGCUGGAGCGAGCGGCCAGCACCAGUGCCCGGAGCUAUGAGCGGGAAGUGGACCGCAACCAGGAGCUCCUGACACGGAUUCGGCAGCUUCAGGAGCGGGAGACGGAGGCGGAAGAGAAGAUGAAGGAGCAGCUGGAGCACAACAGGCAGUGCAAGCAGAGCCUGGACACCGCCAACCAGAAGCUGCGGGAGAAGGAGGACGGCCUGGCCGAGGCCAGCGAGACCAUCAGCGAGUUAAAGGGCAGGCUCUCAGAACUGCAGUGGAGUGUAAUGAACCAGGAGAUGCAGGUGAAAGGCCUGGAGUCCGAGAAGCAAGAGCUGCAGGAGCAGCUGGACCUGCAGCACAGAAAAUGGCAGGAAGCGACUCAGAAGAUUCAGGAACUCCAGGCCAGCCAAGAAGCAAGGGCAGACCAGGAGCAGAGGAUCAAGGAUUUGGAGCAGAAGCUGUUCCUGCAGGAGCAGGAUUCUGUGAUUGUGAAGAACAUGAAGUCUGAGCUGGUGCGGUUGCCCAAGAUGGAGCGGGAGCUGAAACAGCUGAAGGAGGAGAACGCCUACCUGCGGGAGAUGCAGGAGACCAACGGGCUGCUCAGGGAAGAAAUGGAGGGGCUGCAGCGGAAGCUGAGUCGUCAAGAGAAGAUGCAGGAACAUUUGGUUGACCUGGAGCUAGAGAAGGAGAGGCUGCUGAUGAAGCUGGAGAGCUGGGAGAGACUGGACCAGACCACGGGCUUGAGCAUUAGGACCCCGGAAGACCUGUCCAGGUUCAUCGUGGAGCUGCAGCAGCGAGAACUGGCCCUGAAGGACAGGAACGGCUCCAUCACCAGCAGCGCCCGGGAGCUGGACAAGGUCAGGCAGCAGCUCCAGGAGGAGGUCCGCCAGGUCAGCGCCCAGCUGCUGGAGGAGAGGAAGAAGCGUGAGACGCACGAGGCCCUGGCCCGGAGGCUUCAGAAGCGGGUCCUGCUGCUGACCAAGGAGCGGGAUGGUAUGCGUGCCAUCUUGGGCUCCUACGACAGCGAGCUGACCCCGGCCGAGUACUCGCCCCAGCUGACCCGUCGCAUGCGCGAGGCGGAGGACAUGGUGCAAAAAGUGCAUGCCCACAGCUCAGAGAUGGAGGCUCAGCUGUCACAGGCGCUGGAGGAGCUUGGAGGGCAGAAGCAGAGGGCGGACAUGCUGGAGAUGGAGCUGAAGGUGCUGCGGUCCCAGGCCGGCCCUGCUGAGCAGAGCGCCCUGCUGUCCAAGGAGGAGGUGAGCGAGCUCAGGUUGAAGAUUGAGGAGCUGGAAGGGGAGCGGAGUCGUUUGGAGGAAGAUAAGAGGAAGCUGGAAGCACAGCUCGAGCAUCUGACCCUGCAGGGUGACUACGACCAGAGCAAGACCAAAGUGCUGCACAUGAGCGUGAACCCAGCCAGCGAGGCGCAGCGGAGCCUCCGCCAGGACCAGGCCCGGCUGCAGGAGGAGUGUGAGCGGCUGCGGAAGCUGGUGUGUGCCCUGGAGAGGGGUGGCCCCGUGCCCGCCGACCUGGAGGCCUCAUGUCUGCCCUCGGCCAAGGAGGUAGCAGAGCUGAAGAAGCAGGUGGAGAGCGCCGAGCUGAAGAACCAGCGGCUGAAGGAGGUGUUCCAGACCAAGGUCCAGGAGUUCCGCAAGGUGUGCUACACGCUCACGGGCUACCAGGUGGACAUCACCAGGGAGAGCCAGUACCGGCUGACGUCCAUGUACGCCGAGCACAAGGACGACUGCCUGGUCUUCAAGGCCACAGGCCCCUCGGGCACCACGAUGCAGCUGCUGGAGACGGAGUUCUCGCGGACGGUGCCCGAGCUCAUCGAGCAGCACCUGCUGCGCCAGGACAGCAUCCCCGCCUUCCUCGGCGCCCUCACCCUCGAGCUCUUCAGCCGCCAGACCCUGGCCUAGCC